UCUAACUCUCUGAAUUGGCCUUCAACAAGUCCAGAUAUCAGUAUGAAGAUACCAGGGGCAACUGCGCCCCCACCAGGGCAGGAAGAUGACUGGGCGCCCCAGGGUCACGAAGAUGACUGGGCGCCCCAGGGUCAAGUGGCUAUUAAAAGAAGAUCCAGAGUCCCUGGAGUUAUGAUAACACAGUUUGUGGAGGAAGUACCAGAGGGCAUGUCCACCCCCGACUUCACCCGCAAGCCCAUCGCUUUGACGAUCCAAGAGGGUAAAUUAGCCUUUUUCAAAAGUAUGGUAAGCGGAGUGCCUAAACCAAACAUCACCUGGGCCAGGAACAAAGGCCCGCUGGAGGAUCCAGUGAAGUAUAUCAGUAGAUAUGAUGAGACUAUGGAAGAAUAUUUUCUUGAGAUACCCAAUGUAAGAGCAGAACAAGCUGACACCUACAAAUGUUUUGCCGCCAAUGAAUAUGGAAGAGCAGUUUGCACUGCCACCUUGAAUGUUAUUGAGGCGGCACCAGAGGAUUUCAGAAAAAUGCUUAAGAGGAAGGUUGUACGAACUAAACCACAACUAAAGAAGAAGGAGGGAGAGAUUGAUCCAAAGUUCUGGGAGGUGUUGCUGAGCUCACCUAAGAAGGACUACGAGAAGGUCUGCAUCGAGUAUGGAGUCAGUGACUUCCGCUGGAUGCUGAAGCAGCUGAACUUAAAGAAGAAAGAGAGAGAGGAGGAACAGGCAAAGGUUGUUGAAAAACUGGACAAUCUUAAACAUAUUGAGGUGAAAACAGAUGGCUCAGCAGAGUUUGAACUAGACAUGGAACUGAAGAAUCCCAACAGUCAGGUUUUCCUAUUCAAGGAUGGGGUAAUGGUUCCCUAUUCUGACGACGGCAGCGGGAAGCACAACCUAAACAAAAUUGGCAAAAAGUAUAUCUUUAGCAUCAAUGACCUGAUGCCAGACGACGCUGGGUUGUACCAGGUGGACGUUGAGGAUGCCAAUUGUUUCUCAACUGACUUUAAGAUUAUACCAGUGGAGUUUGUGGUCAAGAUUCAGGAGGUGAAGGCUAAGGAGAGAGAGGAUGCCAUGUUUGAGUGUGUCUUGUCCCACCCCUUCCAAAAGAUUGUGUGGACUGGAAAGAAGAUCCCUCUCGAACAAGGGGACAAGUUUGACAUCACUGUGUCAGAAGACCACCUCAUUCACAGCUUAAAAGUGAAAGAUUGUGCCCAAGUCGACAAAGGAGUCUACACUGCCAUGGCUGGCAUUACCUCCUGCAACGCUUGGCUUAUUGUGGAAGCCGAUAAUGACCCAAACAUGCGUGGGGGAAAAGCGUCCCGUAAAACCACCACGGCUGGUGGUGGAGGAGAGAACCUGGCUAAGAUAGCCGCAGAGCUGUCCGCUAAGCUGCAGAAGGAAAAGGAUGACCUGGAUGCAGCCAGACGGGCCCAAGCAGAGAAGGAUGCUGCGGAUGCAGCCAGACGGGCCCAAGCAGAGAAGGAUGCUGCGGAUGCAGCCAGACGGGCCCAAGCAGAGAAGGAUGCUGCGGAUGCAGCCAGACGGGCCCAAGCAGGGAUGGACCCAGCGGAUGCAGCCAGAUGGGCCCAAGCAGAGAAAGAUGCUGCGGAUGCAGCCAGACGGGCCCAAGCAGAGAAGGAUGCUGCGGAUGCAGCUAGAUGGGCCCAAGCAGAGAAGGAUGCUGCGGAUGCAGCAGGAGCCGGAGAGGGGGAUGGAGAAGGACAUGGAGGUAAAGGUGUUCAAUUCCUUAAUGGACUGGCUGAUAUUACUGGCAGCCUCGGGGAAACAGCAGAACUGUCCUGCAUACUGAGCCAUGAGAACUGUGAGGGAGUCUGGCUUAAAGACGGGCAACGACUAACCAAUGAGGAUGGGCUGAAAAUCAUCCAAGAUGGAGCCAGUCACAAGCUGGUAAUUGAAAACUGUAAAAAAGACGAUGCAGGAGUCUAUUCAUUUGAGGUGGAUGGUCAUAAAUCUGAGGCAAAGUUCACUGUUUCAGAUCCAGGUGCUCAAUUUGUUGGAUGCGGACUCUCUGAUAUCGAAGUUAAAUUUGAUGAAACAGCAGAGCUGUCCUUGACACUAAGCAGUCCGAAUGUUGAGGGGUUCUGGUUUAAAGACGGGAAAGAGGUAGCUCGUGGUGACAGGGUGAAAAUCAUCAAAGAAGGAGCUAAUCACAAGCUGGUCAUUGAUAACUGUAAAAAAGACGAUGCAGGAAUCUACCACUUUGAGGUGGAUGGUCGUAAAUCCAAGGCAACGCUCACUGUGCAGGGUGCUCAAUUCAGCAUUGGACUGUCUGAUGUCGACGUUAAGCUUGACGCAACAGCAGAGUUACUCUGUGAAGUGAGCAGUCUAAACAUUGAGGGGGUCUGGUAUAAACAUGGAAAACAGGUAACUCCUGAUGACAGGGUGAAAAUCAUCACAGAUGGAGCCUGUCACAAGCUUGUCAUUGAUUGCUGUCGAAAAGAUGAUGGAGCAGUCUAUCGCUUUGAGGUCGAUGGUCGUAUAUCAGAGGCCACACUCACUGUUCAGCCUGUUCAAUUCAUUUUGGGAGUGACUGAUGUCCAAGUUAAAAUCUGCACACCAGCAGAGCUGUCCUGCAAACUGAGCAGUGCAAACUGUAAGGGAAUCUGGUAUAAAGACGGAUUUCAGGUACCUCCCGAUGACAGGGUGAAAAUCAUCAAAGAAGGAGCCUGUCACAAGUUGGUCAUUGAUGACUGUAAAAACGACGAUUCAGGAGUCUAUCACUUUGAGGUGGAUGGUCGUAUAUCUGAGGGAUCACUCACUGUGCAGAACCCGCCAACAUUCAACAUGGAUUCUCUGAGAGAAUUCUCUAAGCCGGUCAUUGUGAGAGCAUGUGAAACGGCUGAGUGGAAAUUGGCCUUUUCGGGUGGUGACCCAAUGAAGAUCAAGUGGAUCAAGGAGGAUGAGGAACUCCUGGAAGGCCUCAAUGUCAAGAUAGAACAGACUGACAUAAAAGCCGGCUUGUGUAUUACCGAUUGUCAAAGGAGGAACUGUGGAGAGGUCAAAAUCAAUAUAAAAAAUGACUAUGGUACAUUGGAAGCCACAUCCAGACUGAUUGUUCUUGACAAACCCACACCACCACAAAGACCUGUGGAAAUUGUGGAAACUUCUCUAACCGCCAUUGAAUUCAAAUGGAAACCCCCAAAGGAUGACGGUGGCUGUCCAGUCAAACACUACAUUUUGGAGCGCCAGCAGGUGGGGGGAAGCAAGACAUGGACAAAUGUAGGGGAGCUCCCAAAUGACCCCCUUAAAUACAGGGAUACUAAUGUAAAGCCUGGGAAAAGAUACUGUUACCACAUCAGAGCCAAGAAUGAGGAGGGAGUCAGUAAUGCGUUGGAGACAGAGGACAUCCAGGCUGGCAUAUUGUGUUACCCAGGACCCCCUUCGGCACCCAAAGUGGUCAGUGCCUUCAAGGACUGCAUCAACCUGGUUUGGUCUCCCCCUAUCAACACUGGAGGAACUGAAACUUGGGGUUACAACCUUGAGAGACGCAAGAAGGGAAGCAACUUUUGGAGCCCUGCAAACCUAGAUGGGCCUAUCAAAGACACAACGUUUGCAUUGAAAGAUGUUAUUGAGGGAGCAGCUUAUGAAUUUCGAGUGUCAGCUAUUAACAUCUCUGGUGUCGGCGAGCCCAGUCCUCCCUCUGUUAUAGUCUUUGCCAGAGAUCCCAAGAAACCCCCUGGUAAAGUCAUAGACCUUAAGCUAACCGAUUCCAGUUACACCACGUUUUCUCUGGCUUGGACUAAACCAAAGGAGGUGGAAGGGGUGGAGGAUGAGGCCAAAGGCUACUUUGUGGAGAUCAGACCAAAUGAGAGCCCAGAGUGGACUCGCUGUAACAUCAACCCCAUCAUCUCCACCUCCUUCAAUGUGAUUGGCCUGAAGGCAAUGGGAAUGUACUGGGUGAGAGUGGUCGCCACAAAUGAUGGAGGCGAGGGCGAGCCCCAAGGCUUUGAUAAUUACAUCAUCGCCAUGCCUCCUCCUGUGAGGCCACAAUUUACAGGAAAAAUGAAGAGCUUCAUGGUUGUGAGAAAGGGGAAUACUGUACGAUUCAACAUCAACUUUGAGGCCUCUCCUUUGCCAGAUAUCUAUUGGUUGAAGGACUGCGUGCCUCUGUCCAAACGUGUCACCAUCACCAACUCUGACCGAGGUUCACAGCUUCUGAUCCCCACGUCAGAGCGCUCUGAUACGGGCAUCUUUACCAUCAUUGUCAAGAACAUGGUCGGUCAGGAGACAUUCAGUGUUGAGAUCCGAGUCACAGAUGAUCCCAAGCCUCCUGGCCCGGUGGAGUUGGAACAGAAUGUUCCUGGAACAGUGACUGUGACCUGGACUCCCUCCCCAGAUGAGAAGAAGGAUGACAGGCUGCACUACGUUGUGUACAAACGUGACUCUGUCAAGCGCACCUGGAGGAUGGUCGCUGACAGCCUCUUCAACCAUAAGUUCACAGUUAUCAACAUUCUACCCGGCAGAGAGUAUAACUUCAGAGUGUUUGCUAAGAAUGACAUGGGCCUCUCAGAACCAGCUGUGUCCCCUACAUGGAGAACCACAAGGAGAAAAGAUAAGUUCAUACUGGACAUGCCAGACGUAAAGGGCUUGGAUCUUCAGUGUCCACCAUCGUUUUUACUCCGAUUGAAAAUCCGCACCGCUCCACCAGGCUACGAGUGCUACAUGAGCUGUGCUCUACGAGGGAAUCCAAAACCCCAUGUCACAUGGUACCAUAACAACGUCAGCCUCAACACCAACACCAACUACCUUAUCACCAACGUGUGUGGGGUCUGCACAAUGCUCAUAUUGAAGAUCGGACCCAAGGACAGCGGUGACUACAGUGUCAUCGCAGACAGUCCCUUGGGCAGGGCAGAGUGCUCCACCAAGCUCACAGUCAGAGAGUGAAGAGUUCACCCAGAUGAUUGAUUGGCAGCAGCUGGCAACACAAACUUAUGUAUUGAUCUAUCAUAGUCUUCAAAUAGACUAGGUGUUGUGUGUGUGUGUGUGGAGGCUCAGAUGCCCUUUUUCUUUUUUCAAAAUGGUACACUCUUAGUUUUCUAUGUGCUCACAUGUAAUGUGUCCUUCUAUUUAUUCUAGUUGUUAAAACAUUGCAAAGCAUGAAAUGAACAUGACAAACACAUAUCACUAACUUUUGUGAAAGUGUCUAUAUAAAUAUAUAUAUAUAUAAAUAAAGACAAAUCUACAUAGGCUACAUAUCUUGCAUAUGGAAAUUAGUUUAGCCUAUUCAUUUAAUUAAUAUGGGGAUUCCAUAUAAUAUUGGUAAUUAAGAGUGAUAUUAUGUGUAUUUGUCCUUCAAUUCAUUAUACAGAUGUAUCAAUCUGUUCAUAUUUGAAUCAAAUUACAUUUAAGUAAGUUACAUUUGUCAUUUAGCAGAUCCUCUUACCCAGAGUGACUUACAAGUUAAAUAAAGUUCAAGUGCUUUGCUCAAGGGCACCUCAACAGAUUUUUCACCUAGUCAGCUCGGGGAUUCAAAGCAGCGAACUCUCACUUACUGGCCCAACGGUCCUAACCGCUAGGCUAUCUGCCACCUUUCAGGCCCUUUUUCACAACACACUUGAUGUCAUGCACAGAUUGUGAGCGACUCUUGGCAGCAGUAAGAAAGCCAUCACCAUCUGCACCCAUUUAACAUAACCUAGAGUUACGUUAUUACUUCUUAACAAAAUACAAUUUUGGGUUCUCAUACACUUACAAUUAUGCUUUGAUUCUUGCUUGAACAGUCACUAAGAUUAUAUUUGGUUGUGAUCUUUGCAAAAUAACUAUUUUAGAUUCAGCAGUUGUUAGCUACAAUACUAACGGUAAUUGAGAAAGGCUGUAGCAAAGGCUAGCCAAAGAGAUAUUUUACUGGUCAAAGUUUAAGUGUUUUUUUAAAGUAUAAUGCAUUUGAUUUGUGAUGAUGACACAAACAUUAUAUUAAGCAGGACAUGCAAUCCAAUUAUAAUCCAAAAGUAGUGUGAAAUGGACUCAUGAGAAACAUGUAAAUGGAGGCCUUUUUUGCUGGUGUUCUGACAACUCCCCCGUGUUCUGCCACCAACUUGCGAGCAUCGUGUGGCAAUGUUUGCAAACACAGAAAGAGGUCUAUAAGUUUAAGUUUUAUUGUCACGUGCACAUACACCACCAUUCAUCCACCAGUGUUGGUUAACUACCAGACAGAUUUGGUGCCUAUGUGCCAGAAUCUUGCAAUCUUGCAAGGGUGUGUAUUUACAUAAUUAUUCUGAAAGAAAACAGUGCUGCCACAAAAGUAUACAUUACGGGUACAGCUAAACAGUGUUGCCUCAUCAACAGCUCAAUUAAAAUGGUGCCCCCUUGGGGAAGCCCCUCCCAUCAGCACAAACUCAUUAAUUAAUUAAACAAUCAUAAACAAGCGUACACUUUCCACUUAGCUAAACAUAUCAUGAAUUAUCUUCAUUGAACCGUUGCAAUAUAGCACAAUAUAUAAUACAUAUACACAAGCCCAUCACUACUGACAUGGUGUCUUCCAAUACGCCCAUUCACAUGAACACGCAAUUCAGAACAGGUACUACAAAUCCAGUUGAUUGCUGUAGCUCGGGUCCUUAUUCCAGCAUACCCGGAAGCUACUGUCACGGAUCCCAGGUACUGCUGCUCAUUCUGUUCACCAGUUCCGGAGGUCAACAUCACCAUCCUUCUAGGCUUCACUGAACUGGAUCAUUACCACCAGAGACAAGACCGUCUGUCUUGUCUGAUUACGCACACCUGGUUCCCAUUUCCCCUGAUUAGUAUGUUAUAAUUGUGCCCUCUGUUCCCCUUUGUCCUUGUUGGUUAUUGUUCCCAUGUCUGUUGGUCGUGUGAGUUGUUUCAGCUUUUGUGCUGCGUGUCUUGUGCAUGACGGGGUCUCGGCCUGUGUCAUUCUACGAGGUUUACCCUCGCGCUUUAGUAUGGGUACAUCUCAGUGUUUUGUAAAAGUGCUAGUUUUGGGUAUAUUAAAAAAAACAUGUAU